CAAGCACCAAUUCCUGCCCCGGGGUUGAGGUACGCGGGCAAUAAAUUCCCGCUGGGAAUGCUAAAAGCCGGUGCUCGUCUUGGAGCACACCGGUCGCUGGAGGCCAGUCUUGGUCACUUUGACAUGAAGCCUUCAGCAGGUCCCAUCUGGCGGGUCUUGGGCCUCGUCCAAUGAGCACGGCGUGUUUUUAAGUCACCCCUACAAAAAUCAGCAGGGAAGAGUCUGAGGCCCACGGACCCAGCGCUGCAGCGUCUUCAGCUGCGAAAUGACAUUCUCAGCAGGCUCCUGAGUGUGCAUUUUUUUUUGUUUUCUUUGGAAAAUAUGAAUUAUGAAACGCAAGGGUUCACUUCCCCCGGAAAGGCUGAUGCACAUUCCUGACCGCAUAAAUUGAGACCAUAUCAAAAAAAAGGGGUCAGAGAUGUCAGAAGCCGUAGGCGACCACGGCUCCUGCAAGGAAUGGGAGACUGACGAGAUGAUGGAAUUGCAAGAUCAAGAGCCGAGGAGAGCACGUAAAGGAGCUCGGUGCCUCCCUGCCUUCUGCCAGGGGAAAGCUGUCACAGUCCUCUACGUCCUCUCGGCCUUCUGCUUUGUGCUGCUCAUGGUUCUCAUCGUCACCAGUCUUCAGAAAAUAACUGCCGUGUGGGAGGCUCUGGAAGAAGCGAGGCUGAGGAACGAGAAGAUCCACGCUGGCUCAUGGCAGAACCUGUCGCACGUCCAGCACGUCGUGGAUAAGCAGAUGUCCGAUGAGUUCACGGCGUUUCGCAGCCAGCUUCUUAACAUCUCCAAAGAAGUGGCGAACAUGAGGGCGAAGAUGACGCAGUGCGAAGUGGGUUGCGGGAAAGCCCUGUCCGAUCGCCUCCGCAUCCUAGAGGGAAGGCCGGUGUCGUGGCCGGCGCCGGAGGAGCUGGCUGAGCUGAGACGCGAGCAGAGGACCAUGCAGGCACUGCUGAGCGGCGUGCUGGCAGAGAUGCACAACGUCUCAGAGGUGAUCUGCACGCGGUGUCCGGCUGGCUGGCAGCAGUUCUUGAGAACCUGCUACUACUUCUCGACGGCCAAGAAAGCCUGGAUGGACGCGAAGCUCUUCUGCAUCAGCCACAGCUCCCACCUGGCCAUCAUCAACAGCGAGCAGGAGAACAAAUUUCUGGCAAAUCAGGUCAUGGAUACGCAGGUCUUCUGGCUGGGCCUCACCGACAUGCACAAAGAAGGGGAGUGGCAGUGGGUGGACAGCAGCCCACUCUCUCUCAGGCUCUGGAACAGCGGCGAGCCCAACAACGUCGGCCAGCACGGCGAGGACUGCGCAACCCUCUACUCCAGCGGGCGCUGGAACGACGCCGUCUGCUCCAACGCCGAGUCCUGGAUCUGCGAGCGGAGCUGCUAGCCCGCUCCCCACCGCCGGCUUCGCGGGGUGCUUCCCGCUCCGCUUCCCGUACGGACUUGCUUGGGCGAAGCCCAGCUCAGUACUGGGUCUCUCUUGAUCCGGGGCGGACUUUAAGCUUGGAAAUGCAGGUGGAAAACAGAGGCGCCGGGGCUGACGACGGCGCAGCGACGGGCACUGAGGAUGCGCUGCCUCGUGAGCUGGAAAAAAAACACCCGAAACAUGAGAAAUGGAACAAAACGCAAGGGUGCCGGUUCCUCCGCCCUGACCGGCCCAGGACCACGUGCCGCGCUUGACUGUUUCCUGUGCGCUUUUGCCUCAAAUUCCACCUGUUUCUCCCCAUAACCUUGCAAUAAAUCUGCAUUGCACAGAAAUCGAGUCCGGCUACUC